AGGAAGUAAAUGCGGGUUCCUGAGUUAACAAGAGAGGCUGGGGAAGGACCGGCUGCAGCGCUUCAGUGCGAGCCCAGCAGAGUUCGAUGUACAAACAGAGGGGUCCCUGAUGCUUUAUUGUGAAUAAAGGUGUCGCAGCACCAGAGGCUUUGGGAUAAGAAAUCUCUCAAAUACAGAUGGGACAUUAAGUGUUUCCUGCCUAGCUCUACUUUGAUUCUGGAAUGAGUCUUCAAGGAAGAUUUCUCAGCCCUCUCCCAACAGCAGGUCCAUUAAUUUGUCCGUCUUUUCAGUGAUGAAACAGUGCUGGGAAGUAUGGAUAAAAAUAUUGGAGAACAGCUUAAUAAAGCUUAUGAAGCCUUUCGACAGGCAUGCAUGGACAGAGAUCAAGCCAAGAAAGAACUGCAGCAAAAGACAGAAAACUAUGUGCAUCAAAUACUUGAACAGCAGGAACAGAUAGAGUUUCAAAAAAGUAUUAUUACAAAACUUAAAUCACAGUUGGCUCCUAUGAAUGCUAACAGAGGUAGCACACAUGGCCAUGUUCUGGUGCCUGAAGAUAGUGAAACCUGGAGAAAUGAUACCUCCCCUAAUCUACCUUUUGAUCAGCUCCAUGAUAAACUUAAACUAGCAAUGCAAAGAGAGAAACUUCUAAAGGAACAAUUGGAAAUAGAGAGCAAUAAAUUGAAGCAAACUGAGGAAAAAAACACUCUAAAGGAAAAGAAACUUGAAUCUAUUAUUGCCAGUCAAGAAGAAGAAAUAAGACUUCUAAAAAACAGAUUAAAAGAAAAAAGUGAAGCACAGGAUUGCAUACAUAUGCCAAUAUAUGAAAUGGAGAUAAAACCUACGAAGGUUGUUCCAGCUAGACAGGAUUUAUCUCCAGCGAUCCCUGGUAUUUUAACUGUGCAUGAAAGGGAAGAUCUAGAGAUGGUUUUCCAGGACAUGAAGGAAGAAUGUCAUCGAAUAUGCACAUUAGCAAGAAAGCAAACAGACCAACUCAGUAAACUUAACAUAAAGAGAGAACCUGUAAAUGUCUGCUCAUAUGAUGCUCUGCAGUUCACUAAGAAAAUGCACCGUGGAUUUUGGAAUUGUAUGAGGAACAUUCUAAAUGACAUGGAAAUUCAGUGUUCCAUGCCUAUUCAGUGUACUGAUAAAACUGAUGAACAAACAGAAGAACUUUAUACGCCUCAGGUUAAAACAGAUAUAAAUAGAAGUGUAUCAUGCAUAACAUCUAUCACACCAAGAGGAGUGGGCCAAGAUGAGGAAGACAACUCUGUAGAAUCACUUUCUAAAUUUAAUGUCAAGUUUCCACCUACACACAUGGACUCUACUUUCUUGCAGAGCACUCCCGAAAAACCAACAGUUCCUUGUACUUCUAUAGCUCAAAAUAUGCUUCAAGAGCAUCAUUUUAACAUGGAGAAUGAAGUCCACACUAUGAAUCUGAAUAAAUUGGAAUGUGAGGCAUUUGAAGCUCAUGGAGUUGACCACAUAACCACAGCUAUGCAAAACCUACCUGCACUUGACAAAACAAAACCCCCAAGCCAGACAAGCAUGCUCAAACAAAAUACUCAGGACAAAACAUCAUGUUUGAAAACAGCAGACAGUGGUACCAAACUUGUACAUAAGUUCACAAAUCAAGAUGCCACUGAAGUAAAUUUUCCCUCUUCAGAGGCCACUGGAAGACCUGUCAGAGGACCUCAGCAGCCCUUCUGGAAGCCAUCUCACACUCAAGACAAUAACAUACUGGCACAAGAUUAUACAGACUCAGAACUGAAUCAGUCUGGAAUAUGUGAAUUCUGUCAAAAAGUUUUCCCACCAUCUAGUACAUCAAGAGGGGAUUUUCUCAGGCAUCUUAAUUCACACUUUAAAAAACAAUCAAUGUAUCCAGAAGCAAGCUGAAUAAGUCUUUGUAGAGAUACGGGAUUGCACUUUUGUAUACAUUUUAUUUGUAAUUCAAAUGCAUAUGUUAAUUUCAGAAUUAAGACUUUCUAUGUUCAUCAUGACAUAAUUGAAAUGUUUUCAGCUAAGUUCAUUUCAAUUUUUUAAAAUUUAACAUUGUAAUUUUACUCAUUUAAAUUCCCCAAUAGAAAAACGUAAUUGUUUCACUUGAGUUUGCUAUGCUGCAGUAUGAGCUUUGGGCUUGAUCCUACAAAUCUUUUCUUGUGCAGGUUAUCUUCACCUGAGUAGACCUAGGACUGCUUGCAUGAAUAAAGGUUUGUAGAACUGGGUCUUUAAUUUGAGGAGAAAGUAUGAGCAGUGCUAUCAAUUUUCCUCAGCACCCUAAGGUUUGCUUCUACUCCUACUGUUGUGAAAUAGGUGCUGGAAUAGACCUUAAGAACAUUUGAUGUGUUAAUGAGGAUUCUCCAAAUUUGACUUAGGACAGGUUCAGUGUUGUAUUUAAAUUGUAGAUAAGAUUCUUGUAAAGUCACUAGAGCAGCCAAAUAACAGGUAUGUCAUACACUUAGGAUACUCUUAUGUCUUUUUUUCCUUACAUCUUUGGAAGAGAUUAGUGUAAACAACAGUAAAACUGUUGACUAAACAAAUUUGUCUCAAAUACAGUGCAAUACUCACUCUUUGGCUAAAAUGAAGAUAGGAAUCGGUAUGUAUCUUGUGCAGAGAUGCACAACUAAAUAAUUGUUAAUGUACACUGUUAGCAUUCGUAACUCAUGGAAAAUACUUAUUCCUCGAUGAGAGAUGCUUUUGUAUAGAGAGAAAAUCAAAUCAAUCAGAUGGCACUUCCCCUGAAACUACACAUUCAAAAUGUAGCAUUUCUUGUGGUGUCUUAUUGGAUGUUACUCAAACUUUCUAAGGAUUUAAAAAAAACACACACACACACCUGAAUACAAGUCUUCAGACCAAGAUACAUUUUAAAUGUUGAUGUUUCUCUGGUGCAUUUUAUGGAUGCUAGAUCAGCUAGUUUGCAUUUUUAAACCAUUCAAGUGUAGUGAUCUCUUCAAGGAGAGCCUUCUGCACUUCUGACUGGACACACUCUGUCCAGACCUCUGUAGUUAUUAGCAUUAAUAUAUUUUUUUCUGUAGCUAAUGGUAAGCAGGGCCUGAACUUCCCUUUUUUAAAGAUUUAUUGGAUGAUGGUAACCAUUUUUCAAAGCUUAAGUAUAAAUCUUGUAGUAGUUGUAGAAGUGGAUUUUUAAGUCAGCUGGAAAAGGCUGGCUCACUAAACAUUUUUCUACAAUUGUUUAGGUUUUAAGUGCCUGGUGUGUAUGUGACUAGCUGUUGGCUGAUGAUGUACUGUAAUAAACUGCAGUGCACAGUGCUUGUCUGUUAA